AUCCAAGCGCGGAAGGACGAGCUCACCUCAGCAGUCCAGACGGGUGGCAAAGACGCCGCCGCCGCCGCCGUCGUCGUCGUCAACCAGCCAAACCGAGCCAGCGCCAACUUCGCCUCUUGCGGGAAUCUGAUUUUCAACUGUGCCAGAUAUUUGCUGGAGGGCUGAUGAUCAUUCAAAGAGUGGUAUUGCAUUCACGCCCUGGCAUCAAUGGAGUGCCAGUUGCAGAAAACUUCCGUAUGGAAGAAGCCACCCUCUCAGACAAAAUUGAUGAAGGUCAAGUUAAAGUCUGUACACUUUAUUUGUCUGUGGAUCCUUACAUGCGCUGUCGUAUGAAUGAAAAUUCUGGGUCUGACUACAUCCAGGCUUGGAAAUUGUCUGAAGUUACUGAUGGAGGUGGAAUUGGUUGUGUGGAAGAAAGCAAAGAUGUGCGUUUUGCUCCAGGAGACUUUGUGACAUCCUUUACCUGGCCCUGGCAGACCAAAGCCAUUUUAGAUGGAAAGCAACUGAACAAGAUUGAUCCACAACUUGUAGACGGACAUCUUUCCUAUUUCCUGGGUGCAGCUGGCUUGACUGGGCUGACAUCUUUGCUGGGAAUCAGAGAGAAAGGACAUGUAUCUCCAGGCUCCAAUCAAACCAUGGUUGUCAGUGGAGCUGCUGGUGCUUGUGGCUCUCUGGCUGGGCCGAUAGGUCUCCUGGAGGGCUGUUCUAAAGUAGUCGGCAUUUGUGGCACAGAUGAAAAAUGCAAAAUUUUGGUCUCUGAAAUGGGUUUUGAUGCUGCAAUCAACUAUAAGAAAGAGAAUGUGGCACAGCAGCUGCACAAAUUUUGCCCGGAUGGAGUGGAUAUCUACUUUGACAAUGUUGGUGGAGACAUCAGUGAUACAGUAAUAAGACAAAUGAAUUCAAAUAGCCAUAUUAUUUUAUGUGGUCAGAUCUCCCAAUAUAACAAGGACGUGCAGUACCCACCUCCUUUACCUCCAGAUGUAGAAGAAAUAAGGAAAUCACGGAACAUUACUAGAGAAAGAUUCCUGGUUUUGAACUACAUGGAGAAAUACUCAGCUAGUACUCUGCAGCUUUGUCAGUGGAUCAAAGAAGGAAAAUUGAAGGUCAAGGAGACAGUCGUGGAAGGCUUAGAAAACAUUGGAGCUGCUUUCGUGUCUAUGAUGAGUGGAGGCAACAUUGGAAAACAGAUAGUGCUUGUUUCCAAAUAAAAACCACUUCUGAUCUAUUUUGUGUCUACCAAGUAAAGAAAUAUUUGCAUAAGCCUGGAAUGAAUUUAUCCUUUAUAUCUGUAUCCCAUUUUGGGGAUUAGUAAAAUCUUUUGAAUCUCUUAA